AUGUUUGAAAAAUUAUUAAACGACAAUAUUGACUACUUUAUUCAGGUUGUAUAUAGCGAUGAAUCUACUUUUGAGACUUUGGAUGACAAAGCAACAUUUGUGCCCCGCAGACCAGGAAAACCACACAAACCAGAAUGCAUUGUAAAAACUGUAAAGCACCCAGCAUCUAAAAUGGUUUGGUCAUGCAUUUCGAGCAGAGGUACUGGUCAUCUCUACAUUGUACAAGGAAAAAUGAAACAAGAUCAGUACAAGACUGUCCUACAGACUUUGCCUAUUCCACAGAUACGAGAGUGGUUUCCAAAUAGUAAAAAAAUAAUUUUUAUGCAAGAUGGUGCUCCAUGCCAUACUGCAAAAUCCAUAAAGACAUUUCAUGCUAAUGAGAGUAUCAAGCUUCUUGAUUGGCCUGGCAGAUAUGAACCCUAUUGA